UUUGCUUGAAAUCCAAAUUCCGAUAGUCCUAAAACUAAAAUUUUCAAAUUGAAUAAUCGUGUUUCGGUCUUGCUCGAUCCGAUUGACAUGCGUGGAUGAAUAUGAGUCGUCCAGACUCCAUGUCCAUGCACCGUACCUGACGAUCUCCAAUGCCUGCUCUUUUGUGAAAGAAAAGGACCCCACGUCCAUGUGCCAACUUUCCAAUUUCAGUUUCUCCAGACAUAAAAUCCUAUAAGCUUUUUUUAAUUUAGCGCUCUCUCUUCCUUCAUCUACCACAUCUUUCCAAUAAUUUCUAUGUCUCCGCCGCUUCCUUUCUCUACAAUCCUAUCUUUCCAAACACACGAUCAACGCCAACACCUUCACAACUCAAAAACUACUCCAACAAACAAACGCCUUUCCUGCAAUGCCUGCUUAAGGCUCAUUUACUGUUAAAGUUUCCACCUUUUCAUAUUUUCCUUCACUUUCUCCCCUGUUUUCCCAAGAAAAUGAACAAACCCUAUCUGGGUUUUAUUUUCUCUUCAUUUUCCCUUUUCAUUUUCCCUAUUAUCUCUUUAACUUCUUCAGUUUACUCUCAGCCUAGUCCAGAUGCUGCAGCCAUGCAAGCUCUCAAAACCAGCUUAGCCGACCCGGCAAGCUUGGGCUGGAACGACCCUGACCCUUGCAAAUGGAAGCACGUUGCUUGUUCGAAGGAUAAACGGGUCAUCCGGAUCCAAAUCGGGUCACUGGGCUUGAAAGGAACUCUUCCACCGGACAUCAGGAACUUAACUUCACUGACUAAACUGGAGGUGAUGAAGAACGAACUGACUGGGCCUAUCCCAAGUCUUGCUGGGUUGAGUUCUCUUCAAGAAGUGCUUUUUAAUAACAACAGUUUCUCAUUUAUGCCCCUGGAUUUCUUUUCUGGGUUAACUUCUUUGCAAAGCAUUAGUCUUGAUUAUAAUCCCUUUGAGUCUUGGGAGAUUCCUGAGAGUUUAACAAAUGCAACGACUUUGCAGAUAUUUUCUGCAAACGGGGCUAAUGUCACGGGGACUAUUCCUUGGUUUAUUGGGGGAAAUGUGUUUCCAGGAUUAAAGAGUUUGAAUUUGGCUAGGAACAAUCUCCAUGGACAACUUCCGCAGAGUUUUGCUGGGUCAGCAAUUGAGACGCUUUGGUUGAAUGGCCAAAACGGUGAUACUAAGCUCAAUGGAUCAGUUUCUCUGUUACAAAACAUGACUUCUUUGGUUCAGGUUUGGCUUCAUGGUAACCAAUUUACAGGUCCUUUGCCAGAUUUGUCAGGACUUACUGGCUUGAAGGACUUCAGCUUGCGAGAUAAUCAGUUGACGGGUAUUGUUCCUUUGUCUUUGGUUAAUCUUCCUGGACUUUCUAGGGUCAAUUUGACUAAUAAUUUGCUUCAGGGUCCGACUCCAAAGUUUGAUACUUCUAGAGUUGGUGUGGAUAUGAAAAAUGGGUCUAAUAGUUUUUGUUUAGAUGAACCUGGCGUUUCUUGUGCUAGUCAAGUUAAUACUUUGUUAUCAAUUGCCGAAUCUGUGGGUUACCCUGUGGUGUUUGCACAAAAUUGGAAAGGAAAUAAUCCUUGUGAUGCCUCUCAGACAUGGAAGGGGAUUGUGUGUACUGGCGGAAACAUCACAGUUGUUAAUUUCAAAAAUUUGGGGCUGACGGGCACCAUUUCUUCGAAUUUCUCUCAGCUCACUUCAUUGAGACAAUUGAUACUAUCAGGUAAUUCACUUACUGGUACUAUACCUACUAAGCUUACAACUUUGUCUAACCUUGAAAAGUUAGAUGUGUCAAAUAAUCAUAUUUUUGGUAAAGUGCCGAAGUUUAGACAGAAUGUGGUGGUUAACACUGAUGGAAACCCUGAUAUCGGAAACGAUAGCAGUAGUUUCGCACCUCCGGGGGCACCACCAGGGGUUCCAUCUGGACCUCCUGAUGCUCCUAGUGAAGAAAACAGUUCCUCGGCUAGUGGGAGUAAGAAUACUGGAAAAAUUGUUGGUUCUGUGAUUAGUGCUGUUUGUGGUGUGCUUAUUGUUGUUGGAGGUAUCUGUUUGUAUACCAGGAAACGAAAGCAUUCCAGUAGAGUACAGAGUCCGAACACUGUGGUGAUACAUUCUCAGAUUGCGGGGGAUGGAAAUGGAAUGAAGAUUACGUUAACAAAUUCUAGUGUUAAUGGAGGUGGCAGUGACAGCCAUAGUCUCGCUAGUAGUGGGCCUAGUGACAUUCAUGUGGUUGAGGCUGGAAAUAUGGUUAUCUCAAUCCAAGUUUUGAGGAAUGUGACUAAUAACUUCAGCGAGGAAAAUAUAUUAGGAAAAGGUGGUUUUGGGACAGUGUAUAAAGGGGAAUUACAUGAUGGGACGAAGAUAGCAGUGAAGAGGAUGGAGUCUGGAAUUUUGAGUGACAAGGGCUUGGCGGAGUUUAAGUCUGAAAUUGCUGUUCUUACCAAAGUUCGACACCGCCAUUUGGUGGCACUUCUUGGCUAUUGCUUAGAUGGAAAUGAGAGGCUUCUUGUUUAUGAGUACAUGCCACAGGGGACCCUUAGUAGGCAUCUUUUCAAUUGGAAGGAGGAGGGAUUGAAACCGCUUGAGUGGACUAGAAGGUUGAUCAUUGCCUUGGAUGUUGCUAGAGGUGUUGAGUAUCUUCAUGGUUUAGCACAUCAAAGUUUUAUUCACAGAGAUCUAAAACCAUCCAACAUUCUUCUUGGAGAUGAUCUGCGGGCUAAAGUUGCAGAUUUUGGAUUGGUUCGUCUUGCUCCAGAAAAUGGAAAACGUUCAAUUGAGACAAGACUUGCUGGAACUUUUGGGUAUCUUGCUCCAGAGUAUGCAGUGACUGGACGUGUUACUACCAAGGUUGAUGUGUUUAGCUUUGGAGUGAUUUUAAUGGAGUUAAUCUCAGGUAGAAAAGCCCUUGAUGAAACCCAGCCUGAGGAUAGUGUGCAUCUUGUCACAUGGUUUCGUAGAAUGUAUAUUAACAAGGACACAUUCCGAAAGGCCAUUGACCAAACAAUUGAGCUGUACGGGGAAACCCUUGCCAGUGUAAGCACCGUGGCUGAGCUGGCUGGCCACUGCUGUGCAAGGGAGCCCUACCAGAGGCCUGAUAUGGGUCAUGUUGUAAAUGUGCUUUCAUCUCUAGCUGAGUUGUGGAAACCAUCCGAACAUGAUUCUGAUGACAUAUAUGGAAUUGAUCUUGACAUGACCUUGCCACAAGCACUAAAGAAGUGGCAGGCCUAUGAGGGGAGCGGCAACGUGGAGGACUCUUCUUCAUCAUUCCUUGUCAGUGCAGACAAUACCCAGACUAGCAUAGCAACUAGACCAUCCGGAUUUGCAGAAUCAUUUACCUCAGCUGACGGAAGAUAAAGAAUUCAAAAGUAUAAGGACAAAAAAAAUAUGGGUCUGUUUUGAUGGUUGUAGAGGUUUGCUUUGUUCAUUCCAUCUACCUCUGUUUUUCUUCUUUUUGUGAGGUUUGCUCUAUUUUGCUGGAGAUAGUUUCUUCGUUUUUAUCUGCAGUUUCAGUGCUAGUUUUAUGUUUUUCGGGUGUUGAGAAGUUGUUAAAAUACAAAUUGACAGACUCAAGCAGGAGUGGCUCUCUAAUGUUCAUCCUCUUAAUUAAUGCAUUAUUUGCAAGUAGUUCAACCUUC